UGCAGCUGGAUGCGAACAACGAUGGCUUCAUCGAUCUGAACGAGCUGAAGGACGCCCUCAAUCAGGUGGGCUUCAAGCUGGCCGGCUACCAGGUGCGCGAGAUGAUCGACGAGUUCAAAGGCAAACAGCGCACGGCGCAUCAGGGCAAACUGAAUCUGGAUGAGUUCGAGACGCUCUGCUUGGACCUCAAGUCCAAGGAUGUGGCGAGCACAUUCAAAACUGUGGUGUCCAAGAAGGAGAACCUGGAGACGUUAGGCGGCAUGUCCAGCAUAUCGUCCGAGGGCACCACACACUCGGUGCGGCUCGAGGAGCAGCUGGCCUUCUCCGACUGGAUCAACUCAAAUCUGGGCCAUGACAAGGACCUGCAGCAUCUGCUGCCCAUCGAUCCGGAGGGCAAACGGCUCUACCAGUCGAUCAGCGACGGCAUCUUGCUGUGCAAGAUCAUCAAUCACUCCUGCCCCGACACAAUCGACGAGCGCGCCAUCAACAAGAAGAACCUGACCGUCUACAGGGAGUUCGAGAAUCUGACACUGGCGCUCGUCUCCUCGCAGGCCAUCGGCUGCAACAUCGUGAACAUCGAUGCCCACGAUCUGGCCAAGGGCAAGCCGCAUCUGGUGCUCGGUCUGCUCUGGCAGAUCAUUCGGAUUGGCCUGUUCAGUCACAUCACACUGGACAGCUGUCCCGGGCUGGCCGGCCUGCUGUUCGACAAUGAGCGGCUGGAGGAUCUGAUGAAAAUGUCGCCAGAGGCCAUACUGUUGCGCUGGGUGAAUCAUCAUUUGGAGCGCGCCGGCAUCUCGCGCCGCUGCACCAACUUCCAGUCGGACAUUGUCGAUUCGGAGAUCUACUCGCAUCUGCUCAAGCAGAUAGCCGGCAACGAGGCCGACGUCAAUCUGGAUGCGUUGCGCGAGUCCGAUCUGCAGCAGCGCGCCGAGAUCAUGCUCCAGCAGGCGGCCAAGCUGAACUGCCGCAGCUUCCUGACGGCCCAGGAUGUCGUCAACGGCGUCUACAAGCUGAACUUGGCCUUUGUGGCCAAUCUGUUCAACAAUCAUCCCGGCCUGGACAAGCCCGAGCAGAUCGAGGGUCUCGAGUCCAUCGAGGAGACGCGCGAGGAGAAGACCUAUCGCAACUGGAUGAACUCGAUGGGCGUGGCGCCGCACGUCAACUGGCUGUACUCGGAUCUGGCCGACGGCCUGGUCAUCUUCCAGCUGUUCGAUGUCAUCAAGCCGGGCAUCGUCAACUGGAGUCGCGUCCACAAGCGCUUCACCCCGCUGCGCAAGUUCAUGGAGAAGCUGGAGAACUGCAACUAUGCCGUUGAUCUGGGCAAACAGUUGAAGUUCUCGCUGGUCGGCAUUGCUGGACAGGAUCUGAACGAUGGCAAUGCCACGCUCACGCUGGCUCUCAUCUGGCAGCUGAUGCGCGCCUACACUCUGUCGAUUCUCUCCCGGCUGGCCAACACGGGCAAUCCCAUCAUCGAGAAGGAGAUCGUGCAGUGGGUGAACACACGGCUCUCCGACGCCGGCAAGCAGUCGCAGUUGAGGAACUUCAACGAUCCAGCGAUUGCCGAUGGCAAGAUCGUGAUCGAUCUGAUAGAUGCCAUCAAGGAGGGCAGCAUCAACUAUGAGCUGGUGCGCACCAGCGGCACACAGGAGGACAACCUGGCCAAUGCCAAGUAUGCCAUAUCCAUGGCGCGCAAGAUUGGCGCCCGUGUCUAUGCCCUGCCCGAGGACAUAACCGAGGUCAAGCCCAAGAUGGUGAUGACCGUCUUUGCCUGCAUGAUGGCGCUCGACUAUGUGCCCAACAUGGAUAGCGUUGAUCAGAACAACCACAACAACAGCAACAACAGCAAUUGAAUUGCACAGCAACAACUCAAUUACACCUACAACUAAACAACAACAACAACAAAUUGUAAAAAAAAACCACAACAACAAACGGAAUGUAAGCAAUACGUACGGAUUGUGUCUUGGCCGUAAUCAAACUGAAACUAACUU